CGAGCCCAUCGCUGAGUGCUUUGUGCAAGUCUCCUGAUUGGCUGGGCCGCUCAUCACGUAUUCAACUGGGACAUCAUGGUCUUCUUCCUGUGCCACUGCCUUGCAUGGUUCAUCUCAGACUACAUACAGCUGCAAGGCAUUCAGGGGGGACCCCUGGCCUUCUCGAAGCUGGACUACGCGGUGGCCUGGUUCAUCAGGGAGUCCAUGGCCAUCCAGAUCUUCCUCUCGGCCCUGUGGGACCCCACGGUACGAUGGCGCACGGGCCGCUACCGCUUGCACUGCGGCGGGACGGCCGAAGAGAUCCUGGACGUGUGACCUGUGAGGCUGUGGCGGCCCGGCAGAAACAUAAUGCCUUCAGUAGGAAGAGCAGCAGCGAUGAGCAGACCCUGUGAGAGACUCGAGCUCCGGGAUUUCCACGUUCCUUUGAGAUGUUUUUCCUUUACGAUACUUCUUGUGUAGUUGUUGUUUUGAGGGACACAACUUUGCAUACGUGUACAUUUGUUUUAACCAGACAGAUGGAAGAAAGAAGUUGGUUAACAGGUGUGGGAAGAGAGAGACACACACACGCAUGUUUUAGCAUCACAGGUGUCCCCACCCUGGGCCUCUUUUCUCUGGAUGUCUAGGUGAUACAAAGAGCAGACCAUCAUUCCCUGCAGCUGCACAAAGACAAUGGAGAGCCGUUCCUGUUACUUCUGUUUAGUGCACACCGUUUUGUCUUCAGAUGUUUGAUCACCUUUUUCAUUUUUUUUUAAGAUUUAUUUAUUUGUCUCCCACUGUAUUUGUUAUGUUUUUUACAACAACAUUCUUUAGACGUACUGUAGGAGUAAGGCAGUUGGUUUAGUUAGAACAAGUUAGGAUUGUAUGUAAUUUUAUAUGUAUGAGUGUGUGUUAUGGUAUAAAUGGAGCCAUAAGGUGAACCUUCAUUAAUAUGAAUGUUGACCAUUUUUAUUUGAACUGUUUUAAUAAAAUUAUCAGUUGGAGAAAUGAAGUCCUGUGAGCACAACCACCAUUUGUUUUCUACAAAAACUUUGUAUUUUUAAAGCCCCUAUUAUUACCAACAAACCAUGAAAAAGUGCAGGACCGAUCUCCCAAAUUGUGGUUCCAUUUGUGUGUGCAUGUGUGUGGACACGCGUGGCGCAAAUUCAAGCUUCCAUUCUCAUUUGUAUUCAUGGCAAGGAGGCGUAAAGCGCACUGUUUAUAUUCAGCCAGUAUGUAAGUGAACUCUUUCAAUGUGACCCAUAUGAUGAACUCAAUGUAAAUAAGUGAGCGAUUCCUGUCUGGUAUAUAAAGUAUGUUCUCUCAAAGCUGCACCUCA